GCGCGAAGAUAUGCGCAAAUAUGGCGCCAAUUUCUAAGGUUAUGUUCAAGUUACGCCAGCUGUAUUACGCUAAUAAUUAAGUAGGAAGUAAUCAUUAACAGUGAAUGAUACAGACGUAGAAGAAAGUGAGAUCGAUGACAUAUUGACAUGAUUGAUAUCAUGAACUAAAAAUAUUCCAGAAAUAGGAGACAGGAUGGAAUCCAAUGAUACAUAUCAAGACGACAGUGAUGACGAUAGCUGUGCUAGUCUUAUGUCAUCAAUUCCGAUAGUGAAUAAGUUGUUCAAUGUACAUUACAAAGUUGGGAAAGGUGCGUUUAGCUCUGUCUUUCUGGCUACUCUAAAGUCUUCCGACGGACGUAAGAAAUUUGCGUUAAAACAAUUAAUUCCUACUUGCCAUCCUGAUAGAAUCAGACGCGAGUUGCAGUAUUUGCAACAAAUAGGAGGAAAAGAUUACAUCGUUGGAUUAGAAUUGUGUUUGAGGCAUUGUAGUUCAGUAGUAUUUGUAAUGCCAUAUAUGAGGCAUGAUAGGUUCGCGGAAUACGUCCAAGAUAUGACUGUUGAUGAAUCGAAGGAUUAUAUCAGAGCACUAUUAACUGCUUUAAGAAGAGUUCACAAAUUUCAUAUCAUACACAGGGAUGUGAAGCCUAGUAACUUUCUUUAUGAUCGUAAAAAUAGAAGAUAUUUGUUAGUGGAUUUUGGUCUUGCGCAAGAAUAUCAUAUAGAGAAAAAUAUAACAAGCAGAGAAAGUGUUGAAGCACAUGGGACAAAGCGAAAGAGAUCAAAUGAAAAUAACGUAAGUCUCCAACCUGAUGUUGCUAAGAGAAAUAUGAAUAAAUGCAAUUGUUUUGGAAAAUCUAAAGUGUGCGUAAUAUGUUUAAAAGAGCCGCAGCAGCAGGCACCUCGUGCGGGCACGCCUGGGUUUCGUGCUCCAGAGGUUUUACUAAAACAUGUUAUGCAAACAUCAGCGAUUGAUAUCUGGGCUUGUGGUGUAAUAAUGCUAUGCAUACUUAGUGGUUCACAACCGUUUUUUCGUUCACCCGAUGACUGUACAGCUUUAGCAGAAAUUACAACGAUAUUUGGCUCUAAAGAAGUACAAAAGUGUGCACAAAAAUUAGGCAAAAAGGUUAUUUUUAGUGAAAAUUUGCCAGGCAUGGACAUUAAAUCUUUGUGCAUAAAGUUAAAACAAAGAAACAAAAGUAUGAUGUAUGAUAUACAGAAUAGUAUACAUAAGGUACCGUCAGAUAUCGAAUAUCCAAAGGAAGCGUAUCAUCUUUUGAUGAAACUUUUAGAUUUAGAUUUCAGAACACGUAUUACCGCAGAGCAAGCGUUGGCUCAUCCAUUUUUAAGUUUAUGAUAUUGAUACAUAUUUCAAAUAUGUUAAUGCAUACGUUUUUAAAUAUUUGAAAGAAACAU